UGAUAAUGGACAAAUACCAGGAGCAGCCUCACCUCUUGGACCCGCAUCUUGAGUGGAUGGUGGACUUGCUGCUGGACGCAGUGCGAGACGGCACCUCUGCCCCGGCCCUCGUGCAUCUGGCUUUCAAAUUCCUUUACAUCAUCACUAAGGUCCGAGGAUAUAAAACCUUCCUUCGCUUGUUCCCUCACGAGGUCGCUGACGUAUGGCCCGUGCUCGAUAUGUUCGCAAGUCAGAACCCGAAGGACCACGAGACUUGGGAAACCCGCUACAUGCUGUUACUGUGGCUCUCUGUGAUCUGCCUGAUCCCCUUCGACUUUUCACGCCUCGAUGGGGACCUCCUCACCCAGCCUGAGCAAACACGAGUGCCCGUGAUGGAUCGCAUUCUCCAAAUAGCCGAGUCCUACUUGGUUGUCAGCGACAAGGCCCGAGAUGCAGCCGCCGUCCUUGUGUCCAAGUUCAUCACGCGGCCCGACGUCAAGCAGAGGAAGAUGCCGGCGUUCCUGGACUGGAGCCUGCGCACCUUGGCCCGCUCCUCCUUCCGGACCAUCGAGGGGGUCAUCACCAUGGAUGGGAUGCUGCAGGCCCUGGCACAAAUAUUUAAGCAUGGAAAACGUGAAGACUGUUUACCCUAUGCGGCCACUGUCCUGGAGUGCCUUGACCGCUGCAGACUUCCGGAGAGCAGCCAGACCCUGCUGCGCAGACUGGGGAUCAAGCUGGUGCAGCGGCUGGGGCUGACCUUCCUGAGGCCCAGGGUGGCCGCCUGGAGCUGCCGGUCUCUGGCUGCUAACCUGCAGCUCCGCACCCAGGGCCAGAGUGUGCAGGAGCCGCACGAUGCCACCGCAGACCGCGAUGAGGAGUACGACAUUCCUGAGGGGGUGGAGAGCGUGAUCGGGCAGCUGCUGGUCGGACUGAAGGACAGAGACACGGUUGUACGCUGGUCUGCGGCCAAAGGGGUCGGUCGGAUGGCUGGAAGACUUCCCAGAGAACUGGCAGAUGAUGUGGUCGGGUCCGUGCUGGAUUGUUUCAGUUUUCAGGAGACAGACAGCUCGUGGCACGGCGGGUGUCUGGCGCUGGCUGAACUGGGCAGAAGAGGCCUGCUGCUCCCGUCGCGACUCGCAGGUGUUGUCACUGUGAUCCUGAAGGCGCUGACCUACGACCAGAAGCGGGGUGCGUGCAGCGUGGGUGCCAACGUGCGGGAUGCUGCCUGCUACGUGUGCUGGGCCUUCGCGCGCGCCUACGAGCCACAGGAGCUGCGGCCCUUCGUGGCCCAGGUUGCCAGCGCCCUGGUCGUCGCUGCCGUGUUCGACCGUGACGUCAACUGCAGGAGAGCGGCCUCGGCUGCCUUCCAGGAGAAUGUGGGGAGACAGGGCACUUUCCCUCAUGGAAUCGACAUCCUGACCACAGCCGACUACUUUGCUGUCGGUAACAGAUCUAACUGCUACCUGGUGAUAAGCGUGUUUAUUGCUGGCUUUCCUGAGUACACCAAGCCCAUGAUAGACCACCUUGUUACUAUGAAAAUCAACCACUGGGAUGGGGCCAUCAGAGAGCUGUCGGCCAAGGCACUGCACAACCUGACCCAGCAAGCACCCGACUACAGCGCCACUCACGUUCUCCCACGUCUGCUGUCCAUGACGCUGAGCCCGGACCUCCACACGCGGCAUGGUGCCAUUCUUGCCUGUGCAGAGGUCACCCACGCCUUGUAUAGACUGGCGGCCCAGGAGGACAGGCCGGUCACGGACUACCUGGACGAGAAGGAGGUGCAGGGCCUGAAGCAGAUUCAGCCGCAGCUCUGUGACCGUCAGGCGUACAGGGGCCUGGGAGGCGAGCUCAUGCGACAAGCAGUGUGCGUCUUAAUAGAAAAGCUGUCGCUUUCUAAAAUGCCGUUUAGAGGUGACGCUGUAACUGACGGCUGGCAGUGGCUGAUAGACGACACUCUCAGAAGGCUGCACCUGGUUUCGGGUCAUGCUAGACAACAGAUCAAGGACGCAGCUGUCUCGGCCCUGGCCGCCCUCUGCAGGGAGUACUACAGCACAGAGCAGGGGCAGGCAGACCCCGUUGUGCAGGAGUCCCUGCUCGAGCGGUAUCUCGCGGAGCUGCGGAGCCCCGAGGAGAUGACACGGUGUUCUAGCAGGUUUAAGAGCUGUCACCCACACUUCUCCUGAGGAUGUGAGCUUUGCCGAGUCCAGGAGAGACGGCUUGAAGGCCAUCGCGAGGGUCUGCAAGACCGUAGGUGUGAGAGCAGACGGGCCGGCGGAGGAGGCCGUGUGCAGGGAGGACCUCUCCCAGACCUUCUCCGCGCUGCUGGGCUGCAUGGGCGACUACACCACCGACAGCCGCGGGGACGUGGGCGCGUGGGUCCGCGAAGCUGCCAUGACCAGCCUGAUGGAUCUGAUGCUGCUGGUGACACAGAGCCAGCCCGCGCUGCUCGAGGCCCACGUCUGUGAGCGGGUCAUGUGCUGCGUGGCCCAGCAGGCGAGUGAGAAGAUCGACCGGUUCCGUGCGCGGGCCGCCCAGGUCUUCCUGACGCUCCUGCACUUCGAUGGCCCCCCAGUACCCCACGUGCCUCACCGAGAGGAGCUGGAGAAGCUGUUUCCCAGGUCUGACGUGGCCUCUGUCAACUGGAAUGCGCCGUCCCAGGCCUUCCCUCGUGUCACCCGGCUCCUGGGGUUGCCCACCUACCGCUACCACGUCCUCUUGGGGCUGGCCGUGUCCGUGGGCGGCUUGACAGAAUCUACGGUCCGCCACUCCACCCAGAGCCUCUUUGAGUACAUGAAGGGGAUUCAGAGAGACCCGCAGGCCCUGGAGAGCUUCAGCGGGACUCUCCUGCAGGUCUUCGAGGACAACCUGCUCAAUGACAGGGUGUCUGUGCCGCUGCUGAAGACGCUGGACCAGAUGCUGGCCAACGGGUGCUUCGACGUCUUCACCUGGGAGGAGAACCACCCCUUCUGCGUGAAGCUGCUCGCGCUCUGCAAGGAAGAGCUGGCCAAGUCCAAAGACGUGCAGAAGCUCCGGUCCGGAGUCGCAGUGUUCUGUGGGAUGGUGCAGUUCUGCGGCGACGUGAGAAGGAAGGUCCUCCUGCAGCUGCUGCUGCUCCUCUGCCACCCGUUCCCCCUGAUCCGGAAGACCACGGCCAGCCAGGUGUAUGAGACGCUGCUCACCUACAGCGACGUGGUGGGCGCAGACGUCCUGGGCGAGGUCAUGGCGGUGCUCAGCGACACGGCCUGGGACGCAGACCUCCCGGCUGUGAGGGGGCAGCGGAAUCGCCUGUGUGACCUCCUCGGUGUGCCCAGACCCCAGCUGGUCGCCAAGCCUGGUGCCCGCUGAAGGUGGUCCUGGGAGCCGGUCCUUGCACCUGCUGUGGGAGCGCCCUGUUCCGGGAGGAGGGCUGGACAUGGACGCCCGACGUGGAACACCUGCGUGCUGCGUCCAUGGUGUGGGGCCUGGAGCUGGCACCCAUUGGUGGUGGCUGCCGACGGCGCCUGCUCUCGAGGGGCCUGGGUGUCCGGUUCUGCCUUUCCUUAAAUGUGGUCUGCUGCCCAUAAACCACGUCCGAGCAGC